AUUCUGUAGAGUUAAUUCGUUUAAAUAAAAUUUGGGUUGGCAUUAUUUUGUCUACUAACAUUGCUGACUAACACUGCUGACAACAACAACAACAACAACAACAACGACAAUUGUUCUUAUUUUCCUGCAUAUCCCAUAAUCCAGUGCUUUAGCUAGCCUGUAAAAAAAAUGGCAGCGGGAAAACAAUGGCAAGAGAGGACUUUAUGACGAAAGGACAAGAAUAAAAAGGGUUUAAAAAUACUAUUACAGUUAAGGUUUUAUUUCUGGUUAGAAAUGAUUGGUGUAGUCACAGAAUAAUCGCUCCCCAAUUUCACUUUAGCUAAUCCGUAGCGGUAACCUAGCAACGUAGUGACGUACGCGGAUAUAGAGGCGCUGUCUUAUCAGGUAACUGAGGCAACAUAUAGGCAGCAUAGGGCUCCCUGUUUGGGACACAACCUAUAGGUCUACGCUUACGCCAAUCCAAAAAGCACUUCCGCGUUGAAGCUUCCCAUGAUGCAUCAGCGGAGGAAAUUCAAUUCAAACACUUGGAGAAAUGGGCGAGGAGGGACUCGGAAAAGAAGUGGAAAUAAAUAAAAUCAUGACUGUUAUCACAAAGGUGGAGUGUGUAGUCGACAGUCGCGGUGAAAUUCAGGAGGAACGGUGUGAUGAACAGACCAGAGGAGCUGCGAGGGAACAGGACACAGAAGGAGAGACGGAGAAGUCGAGCGGGCUGUGUCCGAUUGUCCCAGCUAACACUGCUGCUGCGAAUAAGGACGUGUUUAAAUCAUUAAACGGAGAAGAAGCGAAGGAAAAUAGAGAUAGCACCGUAGCACCAGAGAACCAGCAGCACAAAAGUUUCCUACCUGGACACACGACCGGACAGCAGGAGUCUGACUAUAGCCGAGUGUGCGGUGAUGACGACGAGGAGAUUGCUAGGAGGGCCCGAGAGGAGGGCCGCGUAGACGUGGUAUUUCCAGGCAGCGUGACGCAGGAUGGCUGUUGCAGAUUCGUCUGUGAGCUUUUCAAGUGUGUCCUGUACCAGAGACAACAGCUGCCCAUGACCUAUGACCAGAUGGUCUUCUUCCAAAAGCAGCAGCUCGCAACCACACAGCUGGAGGAAGGAGCAGUUAGGAAAUCCAUCAAGCCAUCAGGAGACUCAACUUGGCAGCGGUGCCAGCGGACACUGCGAGAGCUGGAUGAGGUGCUGGGCCACCUGGAGGUGCUCUUCUCCCUCAGUUACGUCCCCCGCGUGCUCUUCAUGCUGGGAAGCUCCGGGAUUCUUCCCACGGAGUUGUACGAGAUCAACAUGGAGGCUUUAGUGCAGGGAGGAAGUGACAGGAGUUUGAGAACUUCCCUGUGUUUGAGGCGUCUGUUUCGUACCCUUUUCGUGGCGGAUUUGCUUUCUGACGUUAAGCCGGUGCGCAUCAUGGGCACCACGGUCAUGGCGCUCGCCCACCGGGACUGCGGUGUAGAAUGGUUCAAGCCGAAAGUCGACUUCAGAGUUCCAACAAGGGUAAAGAGGCAGGUGAUAUCGUUAGCCAGUGGCGCUACUGGAAGUGGCCAGAGAAAAGCGGACACUAGAGACUGGGAUGACUAUAUAUGGUUUCAAACACCUGUGACUGUUAAGGGUUUCUGUAAAUGACACAAUCCUAAAGGCAGGUAAAAGCAUGGUGCUGAAAUUUCAGGGAUUGAUAGAUUGCGUCACAAAAUGGAAACCUUGAUUUUGAGUUAGUUUUAUGUUUCAUUCAUGGAUUUUUUUUUUUUUAAAUUAGUAUUAUUUUUUUAAUGAAAUUCACAUAUGACGAUUGGUAGGCAGUUACUGUCAGUGUCAUUGAUGUGCUUCUCUUUCAGAAUUCUAGUCACAUUUUAUUAUGGAGCAACAAAGAAAC